AAUUUAAUUUUCAAUUUUUUUGUUUUGUUUCUAGAAUUCUCAAUCAUGGGAAACGCUGUUUCAAUAGCCCAAAUGCAAGCCGCCCAGGCUCCUCCUAAAAGUCACGAGAACAUGAUGUCCUCCGGUGCUAAUCCUCCUCCUGAAUGUCCUAUGCACCAAAAAGGUGCCACAGCCGGUGCUGACAUUAAGCCACCACAUCCUAAGAUGCAAGCAACAACAGUAUCGGCUUCCGAAUGCCCCGUUAAACAUGAUGAAAGUGAUGUAAAUCCCUUGAAUAUGAUGCCUCCAGCCAAUCAAAAGCCAGCUCCCGAUCAACCCUUCCCUCUGCCCACUGACCGUCAAACAUCAAGUAUACCCAAAGUAACCGAAGAUGGUAGUGUACAAUAUUGGCAAUAUCCUAGUCAGCAAAUGUUCUGGAAUGCUAUGUUACGCAAAGGUUGGCGCUGGAAGAAUGAGGAUAUCUCGCAAAAGGAUAUGGGUGAUAUUAUUCGCAUACACAAUGCCAAUAACGAACAGGCCUGGAAGGAGGUUCUCAAAUGGGAAGCGCUACAUGCCAAAGAAUGCGGUAAUCCUCGUUUGAAGAGUUUUGGCGGCAAGGCAUCCGAUUACAGUCCUCGUGCUCGUUUCCGCAGUUUGUUGGGUUAUGAACUACCCUUCGAUCGUCACGAUUGGAUUGUUGAUCGUUGCGGCAAAGAAGUACGUUACGUUAUUGAUUACUACGAUGGCGGUGUUGUCGACAAUGAUUAUAAAUUUGCUCUGCUCGAUGUUCGUCCAGCCUUAGAUUCGGUCGAUAAUGUAUGGGAUCGUAUGCGUGUUGCCUAUAUGCGUUGGAAAUUUGCCGCCUUAGAUAUGAUACAAGGACCAACAUCAUCCAGUGGCAAAGUUGAUCAAUAA